AUGGACGAGAAGCAGCUAAAGUCGUUUAUUGCAGCAAUGCAAAAAUCACACGAAGAAUCAACACAAAAACUUAUCAAUGAAUUGAAAACGCAAUUUCAAGCUCAGCCUCAGCCGUCUGCUUCCGGUACCAGUGAUCAAAUUACCAGAUUCGAAAAGUUUAACAGUAAGGUAGAAGUAUUUACCUCUUAUAUCGAAAGGUUCAAGAAUCAUCUCAAGUUAAUCAAUCUAACAGAUACUGUUAAACAAGCGAGUUUAUUAUGUGAAUCAAUCGGAGCUGAGCACUACAAUCAGCUAGCGGCGUUUCUCGGUCCUGAAAAGCGAAUCGAUACACUUCAAUUCGAAGAUCUUAUCAGUAAAUUUACCAACCUCCUUCAAUCGAAGAAAAGUCCAGUAUUGGCUCAACAUCAAUUCUUUCAAUGUUACCAGUCUGAGAACCAAUCAAUCGCCGAAUAUGUGGCCCAGCUUCAAAAGGCACUAAUUGAAUGUGACUUUCAUGUUAUGUGCAAAUGUCCAACGCCAAAGAAGCUCUCUAUCUCCGAUUCGUUUCUCAGACCACAAUUUAUUCGGGGAAUUCGCGAUAAUGCGAUAAGAGCCGAACUACUCAAGCUGAAUAAGACUGAAUUCAACGACUAUGUUACCAAAGCUAUGACAUUAGAAUCUUCAAAAAUCGAAUCAAAAACGCUCGCGGAGAAUCAGUCAAAUUCAACUCCAAGUACCAGUACUCAAUCAACUACCAGUGAAUCGGUAAAUAAACUCCAUCAGCACCAGUCUAGACAACGCAGCAACGAUCGCAAUUCUAAACGUUCGACUUAUCGUAGUAAUUUGCGGCCUUCAAAUUAUCAUCAAACUCGUUCUAAAUCUAACUCUGAUUAUCGAAGGAAGAAAGUUAAUUUCCGAGAAUUGGGUAUCGAUCAGUGUUGUCUCCGAUGCGGAUAUGAUAACCACCUGGUAAGAGAUUGCAAACACCCAGCAGAAAAGUUCAAGUGCGAUCUCUGUUCAAAAACCGGACACGUAAAGAAGGUUUGCAUCAGCUCGUUGAUAAGAGAGCACCAUAAAAAGAAAUCAGAAUCAAAUGUCUCGUACGUUGCAUCCGAUGACGAUGAUACUAUCUACUCUAUCUACUCAAUUCACUCAAUCCACGAUGGUGAAAAACGAAUAAUGAUACCUGUGCAAAUCAACGGUAAAAAGUGCACUCUCGAAUGCGAUACAGGCAGUAAAAAAACGCUUGUUUUGGUUCAAUGGUUCAAAAAGCUCAAACUCAAGGAAAAACUCCAGCAAGAUAAUACUGUUUUUCGUGAUUUUACUCAGAAUAUUUUCAGACCCUUGGGGUAUUGCAACGUUAAAGUAAAAUACAAAGAUCGAGAGAUAAAUGAAAAGAUGUACGUUACUGACAAAUCAACAUCGUCUGUAAUUGGCCUUAAUUGGUUACUACCUCUCAAGAUUGUUCAGAUCGAUGAUAUUCAACUCUUACCUGAUGAAUCCGUAGAUAAACCAGAAACUCAACAAAUCAUCAACGAAUUAAAAGCACAGUUCCCUGAUGUAUUCGAGCCAUCAAUUGGAAAGGUAGCCGACUUCACAGCACGGUACGAAUUGAAAGAAGGCACUAUUCCAAUCUAUCGACCAGCUAAAAAAGUACCUUAUGCUUUAUUACCUAAAAUUGAUAAAGCUAUCGAUAAUUACGUUCGUCAAGGUAUCUUUACACAAGUAGAAACAUCUGAAUGGGGUACACCAGCUGUUUAUACAGAGAAACGCGAUGGUUCGAUUCGUAUUUGCGGUAACUACAAAAUUACUAUCAAUGAUCGAGUUCAAGAUGUAAGGUAUACUAUUCCUCCUGUUCAAGAAGUUUUCAUGAAACUUAAAAAUGGCAAAUAUUACUGUAAAGUUGAUAUUCGUGAUGCAUACCUGCACUUAUUAGUAGACGAUCUGACUGCCAGAAUUCAAGCUUUAACAACACAUCGAGGUGUUUUUAUUGUUCAUCGACUGUUUUUUGGUGGAAAACCAGCACCUUCAAUUUUCCACGAAUUCAUCAAACAAAUAGUACAAGAUCUAGAAGGCACCGAAGCAUACUUUGAUGAUAUAAUUGUCGAAGGUGAAACUAUCGAAGAGUGCCGAGAACGAUUAUUCAAAUUAUUUCGAAAACUUCAAGAAAAGAAUCUACACGUUAAUGAGAAGAAAUGUGUGUUCUUUAGUACUCGCAUCGAAUAUCUGGGUCACAUUAUCACAUCUGAAGGUAUCGCUAAAUCACCUGAAAAAGUCAAAGCUAUCAAGCAGGCACCCACACCAAAAACCAUUCGAGAACUUCGUAGCUUUCUUGGAAUGGUAAAUCAUUAUCAUAAAUUUAUCGACGAUGCUGCAACGUUAUUGAAACCUCUGAACGAAUUACAAGAAAAAGAACGUGAUUACAAGUGGACCAACGACUGUGAAAAUUCGUUCAACGCAGCUAAAGAAAUUCUUGCCAGUGAUCAAGUACUAGUUCCGUAUAAUAUCAAUCUACCAGUCAUACUAGAAACUGACGCAAGUCCUGUGGGAAUUUCUGCGAUCCUAUCUCACAGCUAUCCAGAUGGAACAAAUCGACCUAUCGAAUACGCAUCCAGAACACUAUCGAAAACCGAAUCGAGAUACUCCCAAAUAGAUCGAGAAGCCCAUACUGCCGGAAAUUUACGUUUAUUGUUGAUAAUAAACCUCUUCAGCAAAUUCUGA